AGAUAGCUAAACCCGACCCGGUACCAACCCUACCCGUGUGCACUCAGCCUCAAUUCUCAAAACCACCGCCACCGCCUCCUCCUCCUCCUUCUACAGGCGAGAUUCUGAAGGCACCGCCGCCUGGAUCCACGUCCGCGGGCUGAGCCGCCGCCAUCAAGCUCAGCAUCUUCCUCCUUUUUCUCAGACCCCAACAUCUCCUCUUUUUACAAGCCAAGGUGCUACUUGCUCGUAGGUUUGCACAAUGAUACGACCACCUUUAUAUCCCGGGGCUCCGCCUCCGUUGCCAGCAAUGCAGCCUCAAUUGCCAGCAAUGCAAACUGUUCAGUCUCCUGGCAGUUCCUUUUGGGACGCCGAUAAUGUCAGGAGCCAUCUAAGAAACUUACAGGAGGCUGUUUAUCUCGCGAAAGCACUGUAUGUUCUUUCGUCGUGUUUAGCCUUAUAUCCUCCUCGCGUGUUGGUUUUGUUCAUUUUAACUUGGAGUUCUGGCAGGCGGAAGGAACUGGAGGAAAUUAAUCUUAUUAGGCAGUCAAACGAAAACAAUGCUUCAGUUAGAGACUCUUUUUGCGAUAACCCGUCAGAAAAGAAUUCCUCGUCAUCUGCAAAUGAUUUACCUCUGCAAGUUCCUCAUAUGCUUAAAGAGAGCAGGAUCGGUUUAGAUACGCAGGAGUCCCUUUCAUUAGAGGCUGCACGUUCGUUAGUUUCGAGCCUCAGGGAUCAACUUGUUCCUUUCAGGGCUGUUACAAGCGAAACAAGUUCAUGGGAGGAAAAGUCACUGGCUGCGAGAUUAGCUCAAAAGCUGCAAAAAGCCAAAAGAAAUAAGCGUUGGAAGAAGAAAAAACGAAAACGUGUGGCAGAACUGCUGCGUAAGGAGCGUGAGAGUUAUAAUAAAGCUGAUCAGGAUGCUGAUGAAUGGAGAGCUAGGGAGAUUGCCAAGGACAUUGCAAAAAGAAAGGUGGAAGAUAUGAAGGCGAUUGCAAAGCUCAAAGCUAAUGAGGACAGAAAAAGACUCGAAUCAGAGCUUGAGCUUGUCCUGGUCGUGGAGAAGCUGCAGGAACUUCGUUCCAUCAGAAUUCAGAAGUUGAAAAAACAAGGCAUGAGUUCUUUGUUGUUUGCUGCUUUUUCCUACUUCACACCUUUUGCACAAGUGAACUUACAAGUUAACAUGUUCCAUUUGCGGAGAGCUCUUGUACUUGUUGAAGAGCUCAUUCUACCAAAGUCUGCGGCUGACACGGCUGCUGCUAAGGAUGCUAUUGCCACAGCUGAGUUAUCUCAGAAAAGUAUUCUUGAUACGAGCUGUCGACUAAGUGACAACAAAGGCGAGGAAUCAUCAGAUAAAGACCUGUUCAAUGAGAUUGAAAAUGAAAGAAGCUCAAGCAUAGACAUGAACCUGAAGGCUGACCCACAGAAAAACGAAGGACAAGUAUCUGCAAGCGGUUAUGACUCUAUUGUCAAUCUGCCAUAUGAGUUUUAUCAUUAUUAUCAUGGAAGCAGCAAUGAUAUGGGAACUCUAAUCGAGGUCAGAAGAAUGUGGGAUGCUUACAUCAGACCAGGAGGAAGCCGGAUACCUGGUCACUGGGUUCAGCCAGCACCACCUGCAAAUGAUGUUUGGGCAUCUUAUCUUGUUGACCCUAAGUAAUACGUGAUUGGCGUGAGCGUGUGGCUCUACUUCGGUAUCCUCUCUUUGGCUUCUUAUGAAAGCUUCUUCUCAAAACUCAAGGUCUGUGUUUAUGGAUCGCUACAUAAUUUGGUGCGAGUCUGACAGCUAUAAAUUAUGCUUCAAUAUAUAUAAUGGUUGCAAGCUAUAAAGGUUUUCGUCUUGAAUAAUUUUAUGAUCAUUUGUCCCAUGCUUCGGUGCUUAAGAAGAGUAUUGAGUACCCUGCUGAUUUUGAUAACUAGCCGUUUCUGUAUAAUAUGACUAAACUUAAUCAAAUUUAAAAAUGCAGCUGUAACUGCAAUUUGAAAAAUUUUCGCUUGCAGCAGUGAUAUUAUUUUGUCAUUAUGAAAAAUAUUGUUUCA